AUGGAAUGGACCCGUACCUCGGCCGGAAACCCAGCAGUCACAAACCUCUUAAGUCUUAGAAGUUUUUUGCCAACUGAAGUCAACAAGGCUACUAUCAAAACCAUUGUUGCACAGAAGCCGAAGACAAAUCUGCCAGAGAAGGUCGACCCUAAUUCUGUUCCCACUGCAGAAAGCAUAGGUCGAGGUUCAUACCAAAAGUACAACCAAAACCAGGUGAACAAGCUCUUCUCCUUGGUUUUCUCGGAAAACCAGACUGCUGCUGCCACUGCCAGGGAAAUGGGCAUCAAUGUCCGGACUGCCCAGAACUAUGUCAGGUUGGCCAGAGAGAAGAUCCAGGCCGAUUUUGAUGCUGCCACAGUGGAGACUGAUGAGUCUAAUGGGCUGGAGACGAUGGAGGUUGAGGAGGUUUCUGCACUUAAAGAACAAAAACAUGGCAACCAAAAGUUGUUCCAGGCACACUCUGCUUUUUUUUAA